CUAAAAUAGAGAAGUGGAAUUAAAAGAAAGAUUAUAGUGUUAUCAGAGUUAUUCGGUCGAUGACGAAUUCUUAUGAAAUUUUCGAAAGACAGAAGGAAAACAGAAUAAUGUCUUGUCAAAAUAAUUAACAAAUAUGGCUGAAAGUAACAACAGUCGAGAAAGAAAUUCUAGUCAACCUUGGCUUAAUAUUCCAUGGUCUUUAAGACAUGGAUUGCAUACUUCUAGCUUACAACAUUUAGCAAGUAACCAACGAAUUCAUCAAGAUAUACAGCAUGUUAUAAGAGGAUUUAGUCCAUUAGUUGAAGGAUCAUCAUCUUUCGGAUCGGUGAAUGCUCGCCACUUUACUUCAUGGCUCCGAGAACAGAGACCAAUGUUCUUUUCAAGUUCUAAUAGAAUUAAUCCAGAUGUACCUCCUCCCCUUCAUGUAUCUAAUCAUCAAGAACAGAUUUUGAAUGAUGACUUUGUGAUUGAAAUGGAAUCUGAAAGAUUAAGAAAUAACUCUCAAAGAGCAUCUAAUAACAAUAACAACAAUAAUGAAGACAUUACAGUAAAUAAUUCUACAGAAAACAGAGAACAGAAUAGAAAUAAUGAUCCGGCUGAUGCACUUCGUAACAAUCCAGAAAUGAGAGCAUUACUGUUGAUGGCAGAGAAAUAUGUACCUUUUAUUUUAAUUUUAUUAUUGAAAUUAAUUUUUGAUCAUAGAAUAGGUAUUCUGGUUGUUAUUGGUUUAUUUGCAACUUUUUGUCAUGCAAAUUCAGUGAUUAAAAGAGAGGUUUCUAAACAGGGAAAACGUCAGUUAGUUAGUCUGUUAAUUGUAAUUCUGAAUCUUGUAACAUGUGUUGGAUUUGUGUACUUAGUUUUGGCAGAAGAUAAUCUUCCUUAUGCGCUUAUUUUAGUUCCACCUUACAAUGCACCAAUUACUUUUUGGGACGUGCUAUGGAUCGUAACAGUGACUGACUUUGUUCUUAAACUUCUGGCAAUUCUAUUAAAAGCCAUUGUUGUUGCACUUCCAGCUAAAUUGUUAACUUUCCAGAAAAAAGGGAGACAUUAUCUAUUGUUGGAAACCACUUCUCAGUUCUAUCGUACAAUAGCACCUAUGCAACAUUGGUUGUACUUCUUUUCUGAAUCUUACAUUGGUUCCAGUAAAGUAUUUGGAGUCAUUUUAUCUGCAAUAUAUUUAGUAUUAAAGUAUAAAGAUGUUAUCAGAAAAUUCAGAGCUUGGAAAAAAUCAUUUUAUGGAAUACUUCAAAAUGUGACAUAUGGUGUGGUUCCAUCUUCUGAUCAGUUGAAAGCAGCUGGAGAAUCAUGUCCUAUUUGCCAAGAUGUCUAUAGAACUCCAACAAUGUUACAGUGUAGGCACAUUUUUUGUGAGGAAUGUGUGUCAAUAUGGUUUGACAGAGAAAGGACUUGCCCCAUGUGUAGGGCAGAGAUUGCCGACGACCCGUCUUGGAGGGACGGCUCCACUACCUUUCUAAUACAGAUAUUCUAAAGUAAAAAAACUACAGUUUUGCUCACUUUUUUAUAAUUAUUUUAAAACCAUUUAAAUAAAAAUAAAACAAUAUUAGAAACUAUUUUUUACAACCUCAUUUAAAAAAUUGAAGAUAUUUUUUUUAUUUAAAUGAAUCUUAAUUUGUAUAUGAAUGUUUGUUUGUAUGUGCUAGUAUGUGCAUAUACAUAAAAUUUCUCCUUUUUACUAAAUUUACUGUAAACAUUCCAAUUGGUUUGAAAAAUUAAAAACAUCCUUUAAAGUGAUUAUUGUUUCACUUUACUAAUGUAAAUUAUCAUUUUUGAAAUUAUUUUUUUGGGUUGUUCAUGGAUGUAAAGAAAGAGUAUGGCCCUUUGUUCUAUCUUGUAUGUAUUUUACUUUAUUGUUAAAUUUUAAGAAAUGCUCUGUAUUUAUGAUUGUAUUGUAAUUCAAAUAUUUCUUAACUUGUAAAUGCAUUGUUAAAAUUGUUUUUAAAUAAAAGGAUUGAAAUUGUAAUUAGUAUCUGAUAUAUUAAUUUAUUAAAACAUGUGAUGGUCCUAAAUCCAGUUAACCAUGUUUUAUAUUUCAGGUACUGUACACUAGUGAAUGUGAAUUGUAAAUUUGAAUUUCUUAAAUUGUCAUAACUUAUGUAUUGAAUAAGAGGAAACUCAUUUCAAAUUUUUGUAAAAUUGUAAAAUAAUAAUAAUUUUUCUUUUUUGACAAUCUCUGUCAGUUGGCAUUGUCAGCAUUGUGGACAUUAAAGAAUUUUUUCCGUCUUAUAUCCAUUAUGAAUUUUUUAUCAUGCCCACAAGGAGAUGAUGAGAAGAUCUGACAUAACUGGAAUGGACCACUCAAUCCUGGGGUUGCUUGCACAAUUGGAUUUGAUUCCAGGUUUCCAAACCAGCAGACUGACUCCUUAACUGCCUCCAGCCAUCGGUGAUAGAGUACUGUGUGAUUGUAAUUAAAGUACCCGUACCAAUGCUGUCUACAGAGAUAUUUAGUAGUCCAAAUGCAAGCAAAUUGGUACAGUGACAUUUUGGGAUGUGAAAGACUAUUGGAAAAGAAAAAAAAUUAGUACUAAAAUUGACCACUAUGACACUAAGGUGCUACAAGCAACAAUAAACCAGUAUCCUUUGUAAAAGCAUGAGUUACAACCAAGUUCUCGGUAUGAAAGGGUCACAACUAUUAAGUGCCAUUCUUAUCAGUUAUGGCUUUGCCAAAACUUGCAUUACUUAUGAAGGCUUUUUUAUGAAAAUGAUGGUAAUCAUCUCAUAAUAGUUUAAAUUCUUGAUAGCAAAAUUCUUGGAGUCAUGCCAUGGUAUGGCUCCACUUCAAGAAUUUUGUUGUCUUAAGAAAUGCCAUGGACCAUUUUGAUUCCACAAGCUCUCAGGGAAAUGCUAACUCAAUUUGAGGAAACUACUUUUGGGAAUUCAAUGUGAAUGAGAGUGCAAACAAUCAGUUCAACAUGUUACCGUGGCUGCUAUUAAUAGUCAAUGAAUGAUACUACAGGUUCCACUAGUGUUUGUGCAGUGUUAUGGCAAUUGAAUGCAUCCUAUGGCAUGGUGUGGAAAUGUAUUGAGAAACUUGAUUCAUUGUUAUCUGUAUAUCCAUGACCAAUAGUUGCUUGCUAUUGAUGGGAAUACAAACCUUUCUUGCCAGAAUAGGACUGGAUGUGUCAUGACCAUGGAAGAUCCUGUGGAGCAAUGAGGAAUAUCUUUUACCUCAGUGAAACAGUCAACACAACUGCCGCCGAUUGAGUGCUUUCAAUACUCCGUUAGUAAAGUUGUUAUAAAAAGUCAUAAUUUGAAUAAAUUUGAACUUUUGUUAUUAUGGAUGAUAUUUUGAAUGAGAAUCGUUCGUUUCGAUGAAAUUUUCUUAUAAGCAUAAAAGUAAGUGAUAAAAGUAAAAUAGCUCUGGGGAACAUUUGUGAAUCAAUCGACCAGGAAGGUAGGCCAGUACCUAACUGAUAACAAGAAAGGCUUAAGUUUAAAGUUUGAACUUGGCAAAACAGAGGAAUAAUUACAGUUAGCUAUUGAACCUUCGGAUUUUACACCUUCAGAAUAUUUUAGACCCAGUGGAUUUUUCUACAAGCGUCUGCAGUGCUGGAUGAAGAAAAAUGGGAAGAA